UCCUCCUCUCGCUCCCGAAGCUCGCUCCACAACUUUUCACACACAAGAGCCUCUCUCUUUCUGUGGCGGAGGAAAACAACAUGGCAGACCCUGCGGUCCAAUCCGAGAGAGGAAGCGGCAGGAUUGUGAUCCCCGAUGACUGGCCUGGCUACAGUUUAGAUCUGUUCAGCUACCCUGCUCACUACUCUGGAGAUCUGGACUGUGUCAUCAUUCCGCAUGGCGUCAUUAUGGACAGGACUGAACGUCUGGCACGAAACAUCAUGGAUGACCUGGGAGACCAUGACAUCGUGGUGCUGUGCGUGCUGAAAGGAGGUUAUCAGUUCUGUGCAGACCUGGUGGACAGGAUCAAGGCUCUCAGCCGAAACUCCAACCGCACCAUCCCCAUGAGGGUCCACUUCAUCCGCCUCAAGAGCUAUCUGAAUGACCAGUCCACAGAGGAUCUUCACAUCCUUGGAGCAGAGGAUUUGUCUUUUUUAGCUGGAAAGAACAUACUGAUUGUGGAGGCCAUUGUAGGCACUGGAAAGACAAUGAAGGCUCUUCUGAAGCAUGUUGAAGCCUUCAGGCCCAAAAUGAUCAAAGUGGCCGGAUUGUUGGUGAAGCGAGUACCACAUAACACAGCAUGUCUCCCUGACUACGUCGGCUUUGAGAUACCUGAUCAGUUUGUGGUGGGGUAUGCCUUAGACUACAAUGAGUACUUUAGAGACCUUAACCAUAUCUGUGUGAUCAGUGAAAGCGGAAAGAUGAAAUACAAGAUUUAGAAAGAAAAGAAAAAGGGAGUUCAAAGAGACGACUGUCACACAGAUGUCAUCUCGCAGCAGGCCUGAACAUUUUCCCGGAGACGCCGAUCGCUUACAGCUGCUAUCAUGACAUUUGAUCUCAAGCAUCCAUGUUUUAUUUUAACAUUCCUUCUAUGAGACGUUUAUCUGUUUUAACAAUAGGGAGUGACAUUUAAGCUGGUAUGUAGAACUGAUGUUUACAGAGGAGAUUCACAUGUAAAAUACUACAUUUAAGGGCACUGCUACCGUUUACCUUUUGUUAGUUUAACACACAUGUAUGCAAUGUGGGACUUGAUAAUCAUGACAUGUAUGAACAAGUGUAUGUGACUUAUUAUUCUAAUGAGCAAGAAAGGAUUUUUUUACUUGGAAAUUAGUGAUAAAAUUUAACAUUUUCUACAUGUUUCAGUGCUAGUAAUGUUGCUUUCCUGCUGUCAUUUUUAAGCUGAGGGGCAAACAAAAUAGUUUGGUAAACACUAAGUGCACUAACUCAGCUACCUCUUUUCAGUAUUUUAGAUUUAGAGGGAUUGUUAUUCUGUUGGUUAUUUCAUUUGUCUUUUAUAAUUAACAUAUCAGUAAAAUAUUUUUAACAUU